UAAUUACAGUAGAAGGCUGGUUCCUUCCUCAGCCAAACAUGAAGCUAUAAAACACCCGUAGCACCUUGAGAGUGAAGGAGAUCACCGACAGAGACAAAGACAUUUCAUUCAGCGCCACAUAAAGUGAGUUUAUAUAGUUGAUCAUUUCUGAGAGUGAUGAUGGGAGUCCCGCUGUCUGCUGCGCUGCUGUUCCUGCUGUCUGUGGGUCUGAAGGAGCAGGUGGUGGAGAGCUGCAGCUGCGUUCCAAGACACCCGCAGGAGUUCUUCUGCACGUCUGACAUAGUGAUGCGAGCUGAGAUAACUGGGGAGAAGCUCAUAGCCGGAGAUAUAAAUAUAAGCGGCACGGGAGAAAUUCAAUAUGAUGUCAAAGUGAUAAAGGUGUUCAAAGGAUCUGACAAAAUAAAGAACAUCAAGCAUGUCUAUACGAGUGAGAUGUUUUCAUUGUGUGGGACCAGACUGAAUCACGACCAGUAUCUGCUUUCAGGACAUUUUCAUAAAUUCUUCGUUUCAAUGUGCGACUUUAUUGUGCCCUGGAACAAAGUCUCUUUAAUGAUGAAAAACAACUUGAAAUACAGAUAUCAGAUGGGCUGCGACUGCAAGAUCUUCAGAUGCACUGGAGAGCACUGUCUCCCCAACACGAAGAACGAGUGUAUCCUGACAGGCCGGUCAUCCUAUUAUUCACCUGCAGGCCCGGUUCAUGAUUACGCCUGUAUCAGACACAGCAACGGCUCCUGCAGCUGGUACACAGGACCGGCCACACCGUCUGGAAAUGACACCAUGGACGUGUCUGAUGUCUGAAGACCCAGAGCAUGAUCGCUUUCUGAUUGUAAAAGAAGUUGCUUGAUGCUGAUUAGACGGUUCAAAUAUAGAUACAAACAAGCAUUUUAACCUCUUGCAACCACGCAGAACUAAAUAGAAACCUCCCAUAAUACUUUAGAAGCAAUCUAGUAUCCACUCAGAACACCUUAGGAUCCCUCAAACAACCACUGAGAACAACAUACUCUUUACACUUCAAAUCUCUCUUCAUUGCAUGCAGGCCUGCUCUCAGAGUCUGUUACACACCUUUGAAAUGAGGGUUGUGAGUGACUACAUGAUGUACCUGAUGAUGUGGACAUUUAACUUAUAAUAAUUGGCAUUAGAAAUAACAGUACUGGAUUAUUAGCAUGAUGCUUUUACUUUUAGGUCCUGAUUAUAUGAUUUUCUAUUUGAAAAAGGAAUGAAGAGCAAAAAAAAAAAAAAAAAAAAAUUUUUUUGAAUAAAAUAUGGCCAAAAUCUGAAAGGCCAUUUUCAACUGAUUGGUCAAUCCAUUCCAUCUUCUAUAAUGCCAUGAAAUUAGGAAGAUGCUGCAGUGGUCCUUUUCCACAUUUACAGAUCUAAAUGAAUCUUUAGCAUUUUAUCUGCAUAAUUUUGGCUUGCUGUAGUUUAAUUCUUAAACACAUGAAUGUUUCGUCAAUCAUUAUUACAUAUACAGGUCUUUAGCGACCCGGAUCUAUAUCUAACACGGAUGGAUCUCUAACUGAUACAAUAGCAUAAAACUAUCCUGAUUUUUAAAUAACAAUUACAAAAGAAUAAAAAAAAAGCAUAUUUCGUUACUUUUUGGAACUUGGAAGGGUUCGAUUUGAGCAUCAUCGCUGUCAUCAUCAGAGCUCAUUUCCAUUCACCAUCUCAACCAAAACUAUAAUUUUCAGUUUCUUCAGAAUCAAUAUUUUGAUCACUGAUAGCUUCUUCACCAGAUCCACCAUCAGUGACACCAAUAUUUGUUUGCGUAGGAUAGCGAAUGACAUCCCGGGUCGAUAAAGACCUUUAAGGGUCAAUGUGUACUUUUUUUUUCAAAAAAAAAAAGUAAAACAACAUGAAAUAAAAACGGACAGGAAUUAGAAAAGCUGCCAACUGUGUCUUUAUCUCUCUCCAUUAUAAAGCAACGCUCAUGUUUUGCAAUAGGGUGAUCGUUUGGCCGUUUGCGGCGCAUCAUGCUGAUUGUGAAACCAUGUGAUUUCAGCAUGAGACGCAGCUGCGCAUCUUAGUCCAGAAGAAACCGCCAUAUAGUUUUAGUUCUGAAGUGUGAAUGUUUUGGCCUAAACACAGUAUGAUUUCCUUUACAUCUGUAGAGAGCAUCACUGCAUUGCCUUACAGAUAUAAAUGAUACACUUUUUAAAGCAAAAUUCUGUCAUCACCCUCAUGUCGUUCCAAACCUUCUGUGGAACACAAAACAAGAUAUUUUGUGUGUUUUUGUCAAAUGUCACUAUAACUGUUUGGUUACCAACCUUCUUCAAAAUAACUUUGUGUUCUGCAGAAGAAAGAAAGGCAUUUGAAUAAAAAUCAGGCUUUCUUAACAGUGGUUCUGCCUUAUAAGAAUGCAGAUAUUUGGCAGGCACUUUUUAUUUUGUUGUCACAUGAUCCCAGCUAACAGAGAACAUUCAAAAGUAACGUUCCUGUAAUGUUUGAAGAACGAUAACAUGGAAUGUUCCAUUAACAUUUGCAUAACCAGGAAAAAAAACAUUUUUAGAACAUAAAAAAGUGAAGUUUUGAACAUUUAGAGAACAUUCAGAAAUAAUAUUUUUAUUUUCGAACACAGUUGUUUUAGCUGGAUGUGUGAUGAAUCAAUGCUUCAUAACAUGCUGCCGUGUGCAUUUUCAUUCUCUUUCUACAGUCUUUUCUAACUGUACUGUGAUGUGAUGUGAUGUAGUGUGUGUUUCAUUAAAGGUGUCGCAUGCUGCUUUUA